AUGGAAUACACCCAUAAAGUUUUUAAUGACUUCCACAAUUUAGAAGUCGAAGACACUUUUGAAGAUGCUGUGGAUGGUCAAUGCCUUGGACUGCCGCGGAAUGGCAAAUCUGAUGAAGGAGAUGCCCAAGGAACAGAUGGAAACACGUCUGGUGAAAAAUAUGCAAGGAUGCCAGUGCACAAACAUUCUGCUUAUUACAAUAUGGAACAUCCUAAAAGAGGCAUGGCCCUUAUCUUCAACCACGAAUUCUUCGACGAUAAAAAGGUACCAACCAGAAAAGGUACUGGAGAAGACUGCCAAAACCUUAAGGAGUGUCUUAUUGCUUUGGGCUUUCAUGUGCAGGUUUUUAAGGAUUUAAAUAGCGAGGAUAUUGAACAACACAUUGAGGACACUGCCAAAAUCGAUCAUAAUAAAUAUGAUUGUCUGUUAAUUUCUGUUCUUUCCCAUGGGGACAUGGGAAUAGUAUAUGCAAAAGAUGUACCGUAUAAGUCGGACAAACUAUGGACACCUUUUACUGCAGACAAAUGUCCCAGUCUUGCAGGAAAACCCAAAAUAUUCUUCUUGCAAGCCUGUCGAGGUAAUCAAUUCGAUGGUGGGAUCACGUUGAAAAAAACUGAAACUGAUGGAGAGCAGACUUCUUAUAAAAUUCCAGUUGAAGCUGACUUCCUCAUAGUAUAUUCUACAGUGAAUGGUUACUACUCAUGGCGUAAUCCCAUUACAGGUUCCUGGUUUAUUAAAUCGCUCUGUGACGAACUGAAGAAAAAAGCUUUUGAACUGGACCUCGUGAGUAUUCUGACCUUCGUCUCUCAACGUGUAGCCGUAGACUUCGAAAGCAACGUUCCAGAUGACAUCACCAUGCACAAGCAAAAACAAAUACCCUGUAUAGUGAGCAUGCUUACUAGAUUUAUCCAGUUUAACCGUAAGAAGGAUUAAAAAAUUAGCUUUGGAUUGUGGAUACUCGUCUUAAUCGAUUUCAACAAAAAACCUCGCGUUUAUUUUAUAUUUUAAGUAUAUUUUAAAAUUGUAACAAUAUCUACAUGAUGAAUAAAAAAUUUUAUAAUAAAAACAAAUAUGAAUAAAUCCAGACAGGCUAAAUGUUCUAGAUUCUAGAUAUUUGCGGGGAAGGCGUCCGUGAAGCUGACCAAUCCAUGGAAUUCACGCUGGGGGUGUUAGGGGGAGCUAUGAGUAAGGUCGACGGGUCAGACAUGCUCACUAAGAGCGGUUUCAGACCCGCCGGCUGGAGGAAGAGGAGGUGAGUUUAGUCGGUAGGCGGUCUCGGCACACGGUACAGCGUGUCGGACUGAAUCCGACACACCAGGGACAUCUUCCCUGGCGGUCUUUUUUUUUUGAAGAUUCUCACCUCAAAAAAAAAGAUUCUAGAUAUUUAUUACAAAGAUUUUUCCCACAAUUUACGUUUUACGUAAUUGAUCAGCUCAAUUUUAUACACGUACAACCACAUGGAAUCUUAAUUUUCAGAAUAAUAUCGGUAACUUUCAUUUCACUCAAUAUUUGAAUUUCAUUUCAGUCAGUAAUCAUUUCCAUGGUACACAACUGCUUCUUCUUCACGUGCCAUCUCCGCGACGGAGGUUGACAAUCAUCAUGGCUAUUAUGAUCUUAGAUGCUGCUGCUCUGAAUAGUUCAAUUGAUGUGUAUCCGUACCAUUCCCUCAAGUUACGCAACCAUGAGAUUAUAACCAUACAACAUAACACAACUGCUAGUUUGUUAUAAUUGUGGAUAAUGGAUCUAUUGCUAAUAGUUAUAAUAAUUGCUUUCAAAUUCACGGCAGAUUGAGUACUAUGUGUGCUAGUUUCUCAUCAAUCAUCUGUCUAUAUUUUUCAUUUUCUAUCUUUAGUCUGAUUGGUUCGUUCGUUUUAUUAUUUUUUUUUUGUUUCCAAGACCGGUACAAGUUGUUUAAUCCUUAUUACAACCAAAUGACAAAACUCGAAUGCAAUUCAACAUAAACACAUGCAUUCAUUACAUACCUAACAAAAUAUGCCAGUUUGUUCGGUUUAUAUAACAUCGUCAUCGCUCCAUUCGAUGAUCAUGUCUGUGAUAAAACCGAAAUAUUAAAACAUAUGAAGCCUAAAACAAAUUUUCUCAAUUUUAUAAACAAUAAAUUACGAUUAUAAAUUAGAAAUAAUUGUUCUCGUUAUUUUUGUAUCGAUUAGUUGUUGAAAAUAUUUUCCAUAAACCUGUGUUUUUAAUAAAAUAAAUGUUUUAUUUUUUA